AUGCCUCACUCAGAUCCUUUGCCCGUCAAUCCAGACCUUGAUGUGAAUCAAGGUCCAGGAGGCGAACACAGUCCCGUUAAGGACAAUCACAAUUCCCAAACGGUCUCAGUCGGGGAGGAGCGACCUUCUGCGAAGUCUAUGCUCCCUGGCGUUGUCCGUGUCGAGGCUGUCGCGUCUCAACUCACCACUACGAAUCGAUGGAUUCUAUUCACCUACGUGUUCCUGUUCGGCUUCUCCUAUGGCUUAGACGCUCUUGUUCGCACUACCUAUGUAACUUAUGCGACUGUGUCCUUUGGGAGUCACUCUCUUCUGGCAACUGUCAACGUUAUCAAAGGAGUCGUCGGGGCGGCGAUUCAACCCUCGGUUGCCAAACUCGCCGACGCCUUCGGGCGUUUCGAGAUCUUCACUCUUGGAGUCACUCUGUACACACUCGGAGCGAUAGUGGAGGCAGCCGCUACCAGUAUUACUAGUCUUGCUGCUGGGACAAUCUUGAGCCAGCUAGGGUACAGCAUCUUUGUGCUGACCAUCGACAUUAUUACCGCCGACUUCACCUCAAUGAAAACAAGACUGUUCUUCGCCUAUAUACCUAAUUUGCCUUUCAUUGUGAAUACCUGGAUCAGUGGGAACGUCACCUCAUCUGUUAUGAAAGUGACUACCUGGAAAUGGGGCAUCGGAAUGUUUGCAAUCAUUAUACCUGCUUGCGCCUCACCGUUAAUAUUACUAUUGUUUCUCCUCGGACGAAAAGCCAAAACCUCUUCUGCUGUCGACCAAAGUCAAUAUCCAUCAUUUCGAACCAUUGGGAGGCUAGCUUGGGAGCUAGACUGGAUUGGGAUACUGCUGUUAACCAGCUCUCUAGCCCUCAUACUGAUACCAUUGACGCUUGCAGGAGGCGAGAGUCGCAAAUGGACUCAUGCGGGUAUCAUAGCUCCCAUUGUCCUUGGAGUCCUUAUCAUGCCUUGCUUCAUUCUCUGGGAGCGGAAGGUCUCCUCUCCACUUCUUCCGAGCUACCUUGUCUCUGAUCCACUGGUUUGGGGAUGUAUUUUGAUUAACAUAUUCUAUUCCUUUGGAUUUAUGUGCCAUGCAAGCUACCUAUUCACGCUGUUGAUGGUGUCAUACAACUUCACACUUGAAGGCGCUACAAGAGUCUCAUCAGUUUCAACUUUCUCCAAUGUUUUGACAGCAUUCAUUGUCUCAAUGGUGGUUGUUAAGGCUAGACGUCUAAAGGGAUUUAUCGUUGGAGGUAUCGCUCUCUCCUUCGUUGGAUUCGGCUUAACGUAUCAUUAUCGCGGCGGCACGAGUUCUCAAUCUGGGUUGAUUGGCGCUGAAGUUGUCCUUGGGAUUGGUGCGGGACUCUUCGCUUGGUCAGCUCUUGUACUAGGACAGACUGCAGCCAGACAUCAACAUAUCGGAGUGCUAAUUGCCAUUCUGUUCACCUGCAAUAGUAUUGGAACGGCGCUUGGCAAUUGUAUUUCCGGUGCUAUCUGGACACAAACUCUCUACGAAGAACUGGCUCACAACCUCGCUCCCUUUGGUAAUGCGACAUUGGCACCACUGAUAUACGCUGCUCCUCUGUACGUGGUGCCAGAAUAUCCUGUGGGCACACCGAUUCGAGGCGCAAUCAUCGAGUCCUAUCGACACAUUCAACGCCUCCUAACCAUCACCUGCCUCUGCAUCUACACUCCCAUGCUUAUUGUGGCACUUUUCCUCCGAGAUCCGCGUCUAUCUGAUCAACAGACUCAACCAGAAGCCGAGUUUGAAGCCAGAGAGAAAACCAGCAGGGAGAGUGAUCGACCGCGAAGAACGACGUGGUUAUCGUGGCGGCGACAUUAG